AUGGGAGAUGUAGCUAUUCUUGUUGUCGUAUUUGAAACUACAUUUAGUGAAUCGAGAUUAAAACGUGAAUUUCGUCGUGCACAAGAUGAAUUUGAUAAUCAACAAGUAUCUGUUGUACGUGAUAAUCGUAUUCAAGAAAUUCCUACUAAAGAACUUGUUGUUGGUGAUCUGUGUGUUAUAAAAUCUGGUGAUUAUUUACCAGCUGAUGGUUUAGUUGUUGAAGGAAGUGAUCUUAAAGUUGAUGAAAGUUGUAUAACAGGAGAAGCAGAGUUAGCAAAAAAAAACGAAAAUGAUGAUGCUGUACUUUUCUCAGGUGCACAGGUUAUAGAAGGUAAUGGUCGAAUGGUUGUUGUUGCCGUUGGUCCUCAUUCUCAAACGGGAGUUAUUCUCGAUUUACUUCGUAACACAAAAUUGGAUUAA